AUGCGGCAGGUGAUGAGAGGCUUCCCUGAGCCUUUUGGCCGGGAUCCAUUUCUCUGCCUGACAGAUGGCAGGGAGAGAACAGCAGAUCGAAGAGCGUGCCAGGACUCGCGGCUUGCCCUGAGAGGAAAUCGCAGAGCAACAAGCUGCUCCCUCAUGCCCUUUGCAGGCUUCAUGUCGGAUGUGGAUUUUGGGGAACCUUUUUUCGCAAUGGACAUGAUGAUGUCAAACGUGAGAAACAGCAUGCUGGAGAUGCAAAGAAAGUUUGAUGACCUGUCCAUCCAUCCAGAUGCACACACGUUCAGCUCCUCCUCUGUGAUGACAUACUCCAAAAUAGGGGAUGAACCAGCAAAAGUUUUCCAAGCUUCAGCUCAGACACGCACGGCUCCAGGAGGUAUUAAGGAGACAAGAAAAGCACUCAAGGAUUCUGAAAGUGGCCUGGAAAAAAUGGCUAUUGGGCAUCAUAUCCAUGAUCGUGCUCACGUCAUUAAAAAAUCAAAGAAUAGCAAGACCGGCGAUGAAGAAAUGAACCAAGAAUUCAUCAACCUGGAUGAAACUGAGGCCCAGACCUUUGAUGAAGAGUGGCAGAAAGAGAUUAUGAGGUUCAGGCCAUCUAGAACUAAGUGCAAUUUGGAAACUCCAAAGUACAGAAGUAUUCAUCACAUAACCAAGGAUGGUGGAGUAAGAAGAGAGAAACCACUGGCAAUUGCGGGUUCCAGGGAGCCCAGAGCUGCUGUGGAGAAUCUCAACGUGCAAGGAACACACGUUCCCAUCAAAAUCAGCAAAAAAUAA